AUGGAUAUACUUAAUGCCUUUCAUCGUUUACCACAAAUAAGUUAUUUUGGUAUACGACGUGAUGAUGAUUUUGCUGAUCGAUUAAAUUAUAAAUAUACAGUUGGUUUAUUAAUAUUUUUCUCAAUAAUUAUUGCUGGUAAACAAUUUUCAAAUGAUCAUAUACAAUGUUGGGUACCAGCUAUAUUUACUAGAAAUUAUGAAAUUUAUGUAUCAAAUUAUUGUUGGAUUCAUAAUACAUAUCAUAUAAAUAUAAGUGAACCAAGUAUUCAACGAUCACGUGAAAAACAUUAUGUAUUACGAUAUUAUCAAUUUGUUCCAUUUAUUUUACUUAUACAGGCUUUAUUAUAUUUACUUCCACGUUUAUGUUGGCGUUCAUUUAGUCGUCACUCUGGUAUUGAUGUUAAAAAUUUAAUGGAGGCAGCACAAAGUCUUAAAUCAGUUAAACGUUUUCAUAAACAUAAAACUAUAAUGAAUUAUCUUGUUUCAUUAAUUCAUCAAUAUGUUGGUGAUCCAAGAAAAAAGUCGAAACAAGAACAUAGUCAAAUUAAUGCUUAUAUACAAGGAAUAAUUCAUUGUGUUAUUGGUACAACAAAUACAUUUAAUUCGUAUUUAUUAUUACUUUAUUUAUUUAUUAAAAUAUUAUUUAUUCUCAGU